UGUUAAGUAUUCCAAAUUUUUUUAAAAUUUUCCCCAAUUUUUGGGCCUACUUCUAAUGCGUAGGCAACAUUGCUGGCCCCAACUUUCUCCGCAUCCCAAAUAUGUGUUGACGUAGACAAAUGUCAAAAAUCACUCGACAAGUGGUUGGAGCAACAGUUCUGCAGCAAGUGCUUUUACUUGUUUGUUUUUACCCCACAAUUUAAGCCAACAAUUUUACAAUAUAUUGUUUUAUACAGUUUCCCUUGUAAUCGCGCUGCAAGCAGUAAUAACACAACACAAUGCGCCAACUUCGCGGUAAGGUGAAAGAGACACGCAAGCAGAAGAAGGAGCGUAAACUGGAGAACUUGGAGAUACAAAAUCAGUUGAAAACCGUUGUAAUACCAGCAGUUUGCGUCUUUGCGCUACUCAUUGUGGUCUUCGUCUAUUUCAAAACACGCCCGGCUGUCGAGGUGUAAAUUUAGUGUAUAUACGAGGAAUUGUACGUGUCCAGAAAUGUGUGCCUUCAAUGGCGCAAACGAAUACUAGCUUAAGCGCCCUGAACAGCAACAGGCAAUAAGAAUUUUUUAACGUUACUGAUGGGGAAAUGCUCAAUGGCACUUUUCCGAUUCUUAGAAUAUGUAUGGCGUACAUAUGUGUGGACUGAGGUGCAAAGUUCGCUAAAAAUAUUACCCUGAAAAUUUUAAAUUUAUUUUUGAGACUUUACAAAUUGCAUAGUUAUAAUAUGUCUGUUCAUCCCACCACUUGUUGAGUGUCCACUGCUUUUCUAGCAUGUCACAGAAGCCCGUGUUUUUUAAAGAAAACACCUGUACAAAUAUAAGACCAGUUGACGCCAGUACUUCUCCUACUUAGUAAUAGUUUAUAUACUUAAUACAUAUGUAGAUUUGUGCGCAUAUACUAUUUAUUUAGACUAUAUAUUGUUAUAUAUG